CUUGCUAGCGGUAAACGAUGGGGUUGGUUAUCUCUUCACGAGAGUAGAUUCAUGUUAGCGAUAUUCCUGAAAGUGUACUCGUAGACAAAGAGCAUCGGAAGUCCAGUGUUUGUAUUAAUUGUGAGGAUCACCUUUACUUAAAACUGCCUACAAAAUGUCGAUAAGCGAGAAGAGAAAAAUAUUAAGUAUAGAUGAAGCGCUGGAAAGGACGGGAUUUGGAAAAUUCAACAUGUGGAUGAUUCUAUUUUCUGGGAUGGUGCUUAUAAAUGUUGUACUCGAAUCAGUUGGUAUGAGUUUUGCCCUACCAGUUAUAGGAUGCGAUUUGAAUUUGUCACACCAGGAGCAAGGCGUAUUGGGGGCUGUGUCCUUUGCCGGCGUCAUUGCGAGUUCACACUUUUGGGGAUUUUUAGCAGAUACAACGGGUCGCAAGCGUAUAAUGCAACCGGCCCUUUUACUUGGAUAUAUUGCCACUAUAUGCUCAAGUCUGUCACCUAAUUUUAUAACAUUCGCCAUUUUGCGAUUUUUAAAUGGAAUAUUUAUUUCGGCUGGUUCCGCAACGAUUUUCGCUUACAUUGGCGAGUUCCAGUGUCAUAAAUAUCGUAAUCGAGCAAUACUUGGUAGUGGUUUAAUAACUGCGACUGCCUCUAUAUUCUUUCCCAUCAUCGCAUUUAUUUUCAUCAACCAAGACUGGGAGUUCUGCGUGCCGUUAAUCAAUAUUGCUUUCAAGCCAUGGCGUUCUUAUUUUCUCGCUUGUGGUUUGCCUGGUUUUCUAUGUGGCAUAGCGAUGUUCUUUUUGCCGGAGAGUCCAAAGUUUUUACUCGCUUCGGGAAAAGCUGAAGAAGCUGUUGAGGUGCUGGAGCGAAUGUACCGGAUAAAUUGGAAGAACAAGCAAAUGGAACCAGCUUUUCAGGACAUUUUCUUGCUACCAGAUGCCGAUACACCGGUAGCGAAAAAACAAGGAAUCGAAAAAGGAAAUAUACUUGUGUCUAUAAUGAAAUCCAUGUGGAAACAAACGGCACCACUAUUUAUGAGGGAACACAUCCGGAAAACAUUCUUAUCUAGUCUCAUAUUGUACAUCAUAUUCUUUAGUGCCCAUGGCAUAUAUAUGUGGUUCCCGUACAUCCUUAAUCUUACAAUGCAAUACACAGAGAAAUCUUCGGAACCGGAAAGCCUUUGUAACAUUAUCAAAAUUACACAAUCAGCAAAUUUUACCGUUACAAAUGAAAAUGAUGAAGGCUGUGUUAUGCAUUUGGAAAUUUCUACAUACAAACACACUUUAGUGCUUGAAUUUAUUUAUGCAUCCCUCCUAUCGGUUGUUAUGUACGCUAUUAGCAAAUUCGGCCGCAAGCCUGUCCUUUUUGCAAUUCUCUUCAUAUGUGGAGCUUGUGGCGUAGUGGCUUUCUCUAUCAAAGUGCCUCUUCUGGCGAUAUACCUCUUUGUGGUUACGCUUUGCUGUGGCCUAUGCAUUACGGUGGUCAAUGCGAUUGUUGUGGAAAUAUUUCCAACGAAUUUGAGAGCUAUGGCUGUUUGUAUUUCUCUCAUGAUCGGUCGCAUUGGCAGCGUCACUGGAUCCAGCAUUUUAGGCGCACUCAUCGAGACACAUUGCGAAUGGGCACUUUUCAGCCCAUCAGUGGCGCUUAUUGUUGCAGGAAUUUUGGGUUUGUUUUUGCCCAAGGCCAACCACGCGCCAAGAACAGCGAAGGAUGAUGUAGAAAAUGGCAUGUAAUUUAUGGAAAGCGAAGACUCAAACAUAAAUAAUUAGAAAAAGAAAAAUUACGAAAAGU